GAGUCUCCAGUUCCUGCUGCAGUCAUGAAUGAGGUCAUGCAACUAGCUGCUGUGGGCCGUCCUUUCCAGUUGGGAAUGCUGUACGACUGCCGGUCAGACACUCUGAUCCCAGGCAUCACAUUGUGGGAUUUACAGACACUCCAAAGCAACGUCAGCACUCACGAUCAGUCCAGCACUGAGUUUCACAUCAUUGCAUCAGACACCAUGGAUGAGAAAUGCUCUGCACUUAAUGUGUCGGGUUCGAUGAAAGCAAGUCUCUUGUGUGGGCUCGUGGAAGUGAAAGGGUCUGCAAAAUAUCUCAGUGACACAAAGGGAUCAAAGCAACAAGCACGAGUUACCCUUCAGUACAAAACAACAACCCGGUUUGAACAACUGACCAUGAGCCAUUUGGGGAGACAGAAUAUCACCUAUCCGAGUGUGUUUGAUGAGGGCUCAGCGACCCAUGUCAUUACAGCAGUACUGUAUGGAGCCCAGGCUUUCUUUGUGUUUGAUCAAGUGGUUUCCUCAGCAGAGAAAUUGCAGGAUAUCCAGGGUAAUAUGGAGUCGACCAUUAAACGUCUCCCGAAGAUUGCAAUUGAGGGUGAGGGCUCCAUAAAAAUGACAGAAGAACAAAAAUCAAAUGCGGAGAAAUUUAACUGCACCUUUUAUGGGGAUUUCUCACUGAAGAGCAACCCCACCACAUUCCAAGAUGCCAUCAGCACCGAUGCAAGACUCCCCAGCCUACUGGGACCAGGUGGGGAGCAUGCGGUGCCCAUGACAGUCUGGCUUUACCCUCUCAGUAAACUAGACCCAAAAGCUGCUCAGCUGGUGAGAGAGGUAAAUGUGACAUUGGUCAGUCGCUGCCAGUGUGUCCUGGAACAGGACAUUCAGACACCAGUCACUGAUCACAUGGCUGGAUGACAAGGAAAGGGAGAUGAAGUUAGUGGGACAUUAUCUCAGGAUAUUC